CGGCAUCCCAGAUUUCCUGCUCCAAGAGGCCCCGGGUCCCUCUGCAACAACUUCUGUCGCUCUGUUGCCUGCUGCACUGUGACCUGCUCUAUUCACUGGAGCCCUAGGAGGACCCCGGGACACCCAGAAGCCCGGAGAUGAUGUUUCAGGAUUCAGUGGCCUUUGAGGAUGUAGCUGUGAGCUUCACCCAGGAGGAAUGGGCUUUGCUGAAUCCUUCACAGAAGAAUCUCUACAGGGAUGUGAUGAAGGAAACCUUCAAGAACCUGGCCUCUGUAGGAAAAACAUGGAAAGUCCAAGACAUCAAAGGUAUGUACAAAAAUUCCAGGAGAAAUAUAAGUCUUCUUAUUAAAGAGAAACUCUUUGAAACUAAAGACAGUAAUCACUGUGGAGAAAGCUUCAACCGGGUUGCAGAUGACAUGCUGAACAAGAAAACUCUUCCUGGAGAAGUUGGCAUGGGUCAUUCAUCUCUUAAUAGGCAUAUCAGAGCUGACACUGGACACAAGUUGUAUCAGUAUCAGGAAUAUGAAGAGAAUCCAUAAAGAAAUAAGCAAUGUAAGCAAGUCUUCAGUUAUCUUGACUCCUUUCAAUCACAUGAUAGAGCUUGCACUAAAGAGAAACCCUAUGAUGGUAAAGUAUGUGCAGAAACCUUCAUUUCCCAUUCAUGCAUUCAAAGACACAGGGGAAUGCACAGUGGAGAUGUACCUUAUAAAUGCAAUUACUGUGGGAAAGCCUUCUAUUUUCUCAGUUUAUGCCUUAUCCAUGAACGAAUUCACAGUGGUGUGAAACCAUAUGAGUGUAAACAAUGUGGUAAAGCCUUUACUCGUUGCUCUACCCUUCAAAUACAUGAAAGAACUCACAUAGGAGUGAAAGCCUACGAAUGUAAGAAAUGUGGGAACACAUUCAGUUUUCCUUGUGAAAUCUGUAGACAUAAAAGGUCUCACACUGGAGAAAAACCCUAUGAGUGUAAGCAAUGUGGAGUCUUCAUUUCUUUCAGUUCCAUUCAAUAUCAUAAAAUGACUCACACUGGAGAGAAACCCUAUGAAUGUAAGCAGUGUGGAAAAGCCUUUAGAUGUGGCUCACACCUUCAAAAGCAUGGAAGGAAUCACACUGGAGAGAAACCCUAUGAAUGUAGGCAACGUGGUAAAGCCUUCAGGAGUACCUCAGACCUUCAACGGCAUGGAAAACACACUGAAGAUAAACCCUAUGGUUUUAAGCAGUGUGGGAAAGGCUUUCGAUAUGCCUCACAACUUCAAAUGCAUGAAAGGACACACAGUGGAGAGAAACCCCAUGAAUGUAAGGAAUGUGGAAAAGCAUUCAAGUAUUUUUCUUCCUUGCGUAUACAUGAAAUGAUGCACACUGGGGAGAAGCCCCAUGAAUGUAAGCAGUGCAGAAAAGCAUUCAGAUAUUUCUCUUCCUUGCAUAUACAUGAAAGGACACACACUGGAGAUAAGCCUGAGUGUAAGGUAUGUGGCAAAGCCUUCACUUGUUCCAGUUCCAUUCGAUAUCAUGAAAGGACUCACACUGGAGAGAAACCCUAUGAAUGUAAGCACUGUGGUAAGGCCUUUUUUUCCAAUUACAUUCGAUAUCAUGAAAGGACUCACACUGGAAAGAAACCCUAUCAAUGCAAGCAAUGUGGCAAAGCCUUUAUUCGUGCCAGUUCAUGUCGAGAACAUGAAAGAACUCAUACCACUAAUGUAUGAGAAAUCCUAUUAGUGGAAGAAAUGGGAGCUUUCUGUUGUCCUACUUCCUUUGAAAGAUGAGAAGAGAGAGUGGUGAAAGAACUUCUGGAUAAUUGCCUUUUGAGUUGAGAGACCUGCAAAAGGACAAUAAAAUCCAGGACUUGGAUGGUUUUGUAAUACAAUUCACCUAUAGCCAAUCUUUGAGAUUUCAAAGGCACAGAAGAGGAAGGUAUCAGUCAUAUAUUAGAGGCACCACACAGGGAGAGAGGUACGUGGCUACCUGCUUCCGGCCCAUUUUCCUGAUUGUUAAUGGAGAGUAUCCCCCAAAUCACUUGUCUCGAUUCCUCAGAGUUGUAGGUCUCCAGAGAUGUCCCCACGUGCUCCACAUUGAAGAUACAUGCCCACUUUGCUAUUUCUUCAGAAAUUUUUAAAUGUUUACCAGAGAACUAAUAUAUCUGUUAUGGUUGGAAA